GUGUCCUGGGCUCAGGUGGCUUCUUCCAGCUUCUACCCUCCUGGACACUCCAGGUGAACCUGGUUAGUAGGAUCAGGGAACAGUGUAUCUGCCAGAGGCAAACCAGACUCUCCACUGGUUUCAUUGAACUGUGUGAAUCAAGUUGACAGGUUGAGGAUAUUUGGAGUAGAGAUGAAGAUGCUGGUGGCCUUGCUGCUGUUGGGCUGCUCUGUGGCUCAAGGCACCAUUUUGUCAAAAUGUGAGGUUUGGGAUCAGCUGCUGAGGGUCCUGGACAACAACCCCAGAAACAUGCGCUUCUUGGCUUCACUUUUCUGUCAGGCAGAGAAGUCAGGAUUUAACACUAGCAGCGUGAUUGUCAGAAGUUCCAAACUGGAGGCUCUCACCAGGGUCCGACGGACUAAUUCUGGGUCAUACACCUCAAGGCUUGUGCGAGCAAGUGGAUCGGGCGUGGCCUCCCUGCAAGUUGCCCCAGCCUCUUUGUGGAGCGAUCUGCAGAGUGCGAUAGCGGCAGUGGCCUCUCUGUUGGUCUCCCUGCAGAACGCGGUGGCGCCACCGCCCCCCGUGGCGGUGGCGCUUCCCCCCGUGGCGGUGGCCCCUCCCUCCGUGACGACCCCCGUGACCCCUCCCUCCGUGACGACCCCCGUGGCCCCUCCCUCCGUGACGACCCCCGUGACCCCUCCCUCCGUGGCGGGCCCAGCGGCGAGACGUGUUGCCCGGUCUCCAAAUGAAAACGAAGUCCAGACAUGCUAUGGCGUCUUCGCGCUCUGCAAUACCGUGGCCUGCAGCGAUGGCAAAACUCAGUCCCUCAAUCUGUGUGGACUAGACUGCAGCAAACUGCGGGAUGACGAUAUAAGAGACGAUGCCAGCUGCAUGUGGACGCUUGCCAAGUUUGGGAAAAUGCUGGUUGACGAGAGUUGUACACAUCCCCAGGCCUCCAACUACUUCACUGAAUGCUCAUCUUGAUGGCUUUAGUUCCAGAACCAGACAACUUGAGCUGGAAUAAAGUGAAGCAACUGUUGAUGUGAACUACAUUUGUCAAAUUGACUAAUAAAACUACCUUUUGCAGA